AUGUCCGGCGCCACGCCGUCCUCGGCGGCGCAAAAGGAGCUCCAGUCGACGCUGCUGCGCAGCACCAUCAUCUGCGCCACCUCGAUCCAGUCGCUCCGCGAGCCCGUGCAGCCCGACGUCAUCGCCGCCGACGCCGCCCAGCUGCCACCGCCCGCCUCGCAGCUCUCGGCGCAGGUCAUCAGCGACCUGGUCCAGAUCUUUGCCCUGGUCCAGAAGCACUGCAACGCCCUCUCGCUCGCACUGCGUCCCUCUGCCGCCACCUCGUCGUCGUCGUCCUCGCCGUCGCCAUCGCCGUCAGCGCAGGAUGCACAGGGCUUCUCGCCCGUAUCCGGCCUCGACGACAAAUCGCUCGAGGCGGCCAAGGCGCAGAUCGUCUCGCUCAGCUCGGACCUGAUCCCCAAGAUGGUCUUCAUCGCCAAAAAGGCGUGGAAGGACCGCGAGGUCUUCCAGCUCGACGCACAGCUGGCCGCCGAGCACGACGAGGCGCAGCGGGAAGAGAGGCGCAAGCUCGAGCAGCUCGCCAAGCAGAUGGGCGGGCAGGUCAUGACAUCCCAACAGCUCGGCCUCGACGGGCAGGCCCCUGCCAACGCGGCGCAGAGGAAGCUCGUCUCCCGCUCGCUCGGCAAUGCGUUCGCCCGGGAGGUGAGGGCCGCCGUCGAGGACGUGCUGGGAUGCAUCGCCGAGCUGCUCCAGAGCUUCCUCGACGCCCGCACCCGCGCGGCGCUGCAGCACGCCUCCAACGCCAGGGACAAGGCCGACGGCCUCUCGGCGGGCCCGUCGUCGUCGGCGGCGGCCGCGCAGCACCAGCAGCAGGCUCGCAACAUCCAUGAGGCCAGGCGCAAGUCGCUCGAGCUCAACAACCUCGUCUGGGAGACGUGCGCCAAGUACAUCGGCAAGCGGGCCGCCGAUGGCAGCGCGACCACCGUCACCCACGUCAACCCCAACGGCAACAAGGUCAAGGUCCAGGUCAAGGGCCUCUCGCGCGACAACCUCGAGGCCUCGAAGCGCAUCUGGCAGGAGCGCGUGGCAAUCAUGCGCGACGGCCUCGACGAGAUGAAGGAGGCCGCCGCAGCAGACGACGACGACGACGGCGACGACGACGACGACGAGGAGGCCGCCCGGUCGCCUCGCCACCUCGGCGGUGAUGCCGACGACCUCGACCUCGGCGAGGAGCUCUCGGCGCUGCCGACGCUGAGCGUAGGCGAGCGCGCACGGCUCAGCCAGCUGUCGAACCUCGUGCGGAUCGGCAGCAUGCUGCACGAGAACGUGCUCAAGGCCAUCGUCGCCGCCCACGGCCGCGCCACGUCCGACCUGGACCUCGACGAGGUCGACGACCUGGGCAGGCAGCUCGAGGAGGCGCAGGACGAGCUCGUCGCUGCCGCGCUCUACGGCGAGGAGGAUGCCGGUAUCGAGGAGCUGGACCUCGGUGACGACGACGACGACGACGACGACGACGACGACGACGACGACGACGACGACGACGGCCAAGGGCACGCGGCCGUCGAGGAAGGCAGCAUCGAAGCUGCGGUGCUGCGGACACUUCAGCAGUACGUCCGGGCCGCGGCGGCGCUCGUCUCGUACGUCAGCGGCAACGACGAGCCCGUCGAAAAGGUCGAUGCUGUCGAUGCCGGGUCCACGACUGGCGAGUUCGAGGGCAUCUUUGAGGCGCGCUUCUCGCGGCUAUCCAAGGUCCUCACCGAGGCCUCCUCCAAUAUCCAGGUCCGGCCCACACGGGAGUCGGCUAAGGAGACCGAGCAACAGCAAUCGCCUCCUUCGAGCCAGACCAGCGCUCCCGCUCCCACUCCCGCUUCCGCUUCUGCUGAUGCCGCGCAGGCCACGGUCUCUGCAGCUGCGCCAGCGGUCAGCGAGGCCCAGACUGUGGCCAUGGCCGCGACGACGGCCGCUGUUGUCGCACCCGCUGCUGCCGCUGCCGCCGCCACUGCCGCUGCGUCGGACUCUGCACCGGUCGAUGUUCCGUCCAAAGCCGACAGUGGCGUGAUCGCCGCAGCGCGCAAGCCGAGCAACGCCGCCUUCCAGACGGCCGACUUUCUCAAGGAGCUCGACGGCAUCGCUCAGCGCCUCGGCAACGGCACGCAGACCUACGACCGCGCAGUGGCCGCCGAGCUCGACCGGAUAGACCCGCUGGCACCCAUGCGGGACGGCUACGUGCUGCCCAAGAACCGCGACGUGUGCCAGCCGUCAUCGCCGUCGCCGUCGGGGUCGUCUUCUUCGCCUGCCGCCCCGCCGACGGACACCGACGGCGAGAGCGCUCCGGAUGCGCCGGCGCUGUACAUGUGCGGCAACUCGCUCGGCCCGCUGCCCAAGCUGACCAAGCACUAUCUCGACGAGGAGCUCGAGGCGUGGGGGCGCAAGGCUGUGCUGGGCCACUUUGACCACCCCUACGAUCGCCCCUGGACGCAGCUCGAGGGGCGCGUCGCCGAGCUGUCGGCCGACGUCGUGGGCGCCAAGCGUGCCGAGGUGACGGUGAUGGGCACGCUGACGGGCAACCUGCACACGAUGCUCACCACCUUCUACCGGCCGGCGGUCAGGCCGUACGGCGUCGGCUACGCCGGAUCGGCCGAGGAGGCGCGCGGCGAGGGCCGCAAGGUGCGCCACAAGAUUGUCUACGAGCACAAGGCGUUCCCCUCGGACCGGUACGCGCUGGCGUCGGCGAUUGAGCUCAACGGCUUCGACGUCGCCACGUCGCUCGUCCCGCUCAGGCCGCGGGGCGACAGCCGCACGUUCGACACGGCCGACAUCCUCGCGACGAUCGACGAGCUGGGCAGGGAGGGCGAGACGUGCCUGAUCCUGCUGGGCGGCAUCAACUUCUUCACGGGCCAGCUGUUCGAGUGCGAGAGGAUCGCGGCCAAGGCGCGCGAGCACGGCAUCCUCUUUGGUGUCGACCUGGCCCACGCGUUCGCCAACGUGCCGCUGCGGCUGCACGACUGGGGCGUCGAUUUCGCCGUCUGGUGCACGUACAAGUACGGCAGCGCCGGGCCGGGCGGCAUCGCGGGGCUGUUUGUGCACGAAAAGUGGCACCAGAGCGGCGCGACGAGCCGGGUGCUGACGCGGCAGGCCGGGUGGUGGGGCCACGACCGCUCGACGCGCUUCUCGAUGCCCGAAGACUUUGCGCCCAUCGAGGGCGCCGACGGGUGGCAGGUGUCGAACCCGUCGAUGCUCGACAUGGCGGCGCUGCGCGGGUCGCUCGAGACGCUGCUCACGGCGACGCAGCUGUCGGGCGUGGGCGGUGCGGGCGACGAGGACGCGGCCCGAGGCGAGAUCGUGGGCGAGGGCAAGAUCAUGCCCGUGCUGCGCUCCAAGUCGCUGCGGCUCACGGCGUACCUCGAGAGCCUGCUGCUGCGGCCGGGCUUCCUGCCAGAGGGGCUCGGGAUCGAGAUUGUGACGCCGCGGGAUCCGCAGCAGCGCGGAUCUCAGCUGUGCAUCCGCAUCCCGGACCAGCGCGAGCCCGCGGCCGCGGCCGCAGCCGCGCCCGCAGCGAGUGGCGCCGAGGGCGGCAAGGGCGGUGUGCCGCCGCCGAUCCAGUCGACGCGGCUGAUUGCGCAGGCGCACCUGCGCGCCGAAAAGCAGCGGGGCCUGGUGACGGAUAUCCGCCACCCGGACAUGCUGCGCAUCGCGCCGCUGGCGCAGUUUUCGAGCUACGUCGAGGUCUGGCGCACGGCCGAGGCGCUGCGGCUGAGCAUCCUCGAGGAGAUGGCGUGCGAGAAGCAGCAGCAGUGA